AUGGAGCUUCAGAGCCGUGAGGAGGCUCCAGAAAAGGACAUCAAGAGUGCAAUUUCACCUCUCGAACGACAAGAGACAGCUAGGUCUGACUCGAAGAGUAUUGCCCUCGGAGAAGUCGAAAUCGAAGACCAAUUCCAGCCGCUCUCGGGCGUGGCUCCCUACGAUGGCGGACAAAUCCUUACUGUUCGGGCUGUUGUGACUGGUGCUGUGCUCGGGACUUUGAUCGCCUGCUCAAACAUGUACCUAGGCCUGAAGAGUGGACUGGGUGCUGACGCAACACUUUUCUCUGCCAUUUUUGGCUUUGCCGCAUUGAAGUUCUUAGAGAAGUCGCAUAUGCCUCUACUGUCCGGUUACUUUGGACCCCACGAAAACAACAUUAUCCAGGCCACAGCCCUAGGCGCCAUUGGCAUAGGAUUCAUGUUUAUCAGCGGAAUUCCAGCCAUGUACCAGCUGAACCUGCUCGGUUCCAACCCAAGGUCUGACUAUGGGAAACUAGUAUGCUUCGCAGCCGUCUCUGGACUUUGGGGCCUGGGCUUUACCGUGCCUUUUCGGAAAGUGUUUAUCCUACGACUGGCACGACAGCUCAGUCUGUAUUUUCCUAUGGGAUCGGCGUCCGCCAUCACCAUUCGAGCGCUGCACUCCGGGACAGACGGAACUACCCAAGCCAAAGACAACGUCAGGGGAAUCACCAUCACUUUCUGCAUCUCGUGUGUUUGGUCGGUUGCUACGUCCUACGCGCCUGGUAUCCUUUAUACCUGGAAUCCCUUCUGGUGGAUCUACAAAUGGGGCGGGCAUUCGAUCAUCGCUGCCGUCAACUGGGGCUGGCUUUCGUGGUCCUGGUCCCCGUCAAUGAUCGGAAUGGGCAUGUUGAUCGACCUCAACGCCUCGAUGUCUUACUUGUUUGGUACAGUCUUGGCCUGGGGCAUCAUCGGACCUAUCCUCGUUGCUACAGGAGCCGCAGGAGGACUUGCCUACAGCGAGGUGUACCCUGACCUGGUUACUUAUAACGCCUUUGAUCCAACUCAUUUUGUGGACCUGCCUUCGCCCCGAUACUGGGUAUUGUGGCCAGCAGUCUUUAUGAUGCUUGCUGUAUCUCUUACAGGCAUUGCACUGGAGGGGAAGAACUUGGCUCUUCUUGUUCAAUACGGAGGUCGCCGUAUAAAGCAGGGAGUGACGAGGACCAAGAGAAGUGAUACCAAUGACGAGCCGGAUGCCCUUCCAACCAAUUCUCAUCCCAAAUCAGAAACCACUGCAGAUGCUUUCGCUGCUAUACCUGAACCAGUCCCCAAGGAUCAACAAGUACGAUGGUGGGAGUGGUCUUCCGUGGCUGGAGUCUCCUUCAUCAUCUCCCUGGUCGCAUUCAAAUACUUGUUCAGCUUUGCUCCUGGAAUGAACAUCCUGAGCUUAGUUCUCGGCUUCCUCUGGUCAUUUGUCGUCAUCCAAGUAUACGGAGCCUCUGGAACUACUCCUAUUACAGUCGUCGCGAAAGGCUCUCAGUUCAUCACCGGGGCCAUUUUGCGCGACCAAAUCCCAACAACAGGCUAUGAUCAAGCGGCGCGAGUCAAUCUAUUGGGCGCAACUCUUUCCUCUGCGGCUGGCCAGCAAGCUGCCGAGCUGGUGCAGGAUUUCCGUACUGGCUUCCUCCUUGGAACCCCGGCUCGCCAGCAAUGGUAUGCGCAGGUCGCUGGCACGCUUGUUGCCGUGAUUGUCUCUCCGGCCCUGUUCAUGCUGUUCGUGAACGCAUAUCCUUGCAUUAUCGAUUCUACUGCAACGUCUUGUCAGUUUGCCACGCCGGCGGUCACGUCCUGGCGAAUUGUCACCAUAGCCAUCCUUUCAGAGAAAUUCCCGAUAUCCCGAUCCAGUUGGAUCUUUUCCGUCAUAUUAUCUCUCAUAGGUGUCGCGAGUGUCGUCUUAAAACGCUGGCUCGUCCGCCAUGCUAAACUGAGCAGCUGGGCCAAGUUCGUUCCGAACAUGUCAGUAGUUGGGCUCGCCAUGACUAUUCCGGGUUCCACCACCACCAUCACAGUGGCCAUAGGAACUGUUGCUGCUCACUUCUGGAAGAGAUGGUCACCAGUAUCCCAUGCGAGGUAUAUCUAUCCUGUAGCUGCAGGAGGGGUUGCCGGAGAAGGUAUUGGUUAUGUUAUCUUAUGUGUGCUUCAGAUCGCCCAAGUUGGCGGCCCUGUGAAGUAUGGGACCACUUUGGGUUGUGUUGCCGAGUCAUGCUGA